AUGUCCCCCAAACAAACCUACAAAAUCGCAAUCAUCGGCGCCGGUCCAGCCGGCUGCACCCUCGCCCGCAUCCUCCUCCACUCCCCCGCCGCCGCCUCCCUCAGCAUCACAAUCUUCGAAAGCGAGCCCUCCUCCACCGCCCGCUCCCAAGGCGGCACCCUCGACCUCCACCCCGACACCGGCAUCGCAGCCCUCAAACGCGCAGGCCUCUACGACCAAUUCCUCGCCCACGCCCGCUUCGACGGCCAAGCCCUCAAACUCACAAACAAGGCCUUCAAAUCCUUCAUCAACACCUCCUCCGGCUCCACACCCUCAAACCCCUCCUCACCAUCCUCCUCCUCCUCACACGCCCGCCCCGAAAUCGACCGCGCCGUCCUCCGCUCCCUCCUCCUCGCCUCCCUCCCCAAAGACACCAUCCACUGGGCCCACCACCUCGAGCGCGUCUCCCCCGGGGGUCCUCCAACCUCCAACAACAACAACACUCCCUCAUCCCCCACGACCCCCUCCUGGACACUCCACUUCCGCCACCACGCCCCCCAGCACGGCUUCUCCCUCGUCGUCGGCGCCGACGGCGCCUGGAGCCACUGCCGCGCCGCCCUCACCCCCCAACCGCCCAUCUACGCCGGCAUCGCAGGCAUAACCCGCACCAUCUCCCCGGGCACCUGUCCAGCACAUCUCCGCGCAGCGCUGAACAAGGGCAGCAUAUUCGCGUUCGGCGACGGGAAAGCGAUUACGGCGCAGCAGCUCGGCACGGGGGAGAUUAGCGUUUCGACGUGGGUUGUGCAGGGGGAGGAUGUGCUUGAGGAGUUAUAUGGCGGGGGACGGAUUCAGGACGGGGAGGAAGUGCGGCGGGUGCAGAUGGGGGUGUUUGAGGGGUGGAGCGAGGUGUUGCGCGGGUUUAUUGCUGCGGGGGAUGGGGAGUGCGUGGGGCGGAAGUUGUAUAUGUUGCCUGUUGGGCUGCGGUGGGUGCAUCGGGAGGGCCUGACGCUGGUGGGGGAUGCGGCGCAUUUGAUGACGCCGUUUAUUGGCGAGGGGGUGAAUUUGGCGAUGGGCGAUGCGGUGAGGCUUGCGGAUGGGAUUGGGGCUGCUGUUCUGCGGGGUGGUGGUGCGGAGCGUUUGGAUGCGGAGGUCGAGGCGUUUGAGCGGGAUAUGUUUGUGCGGGCGACGAAGUGCCAGGAGCGGACGUGGGAGGCGCUGAGGUUGGGCUUUUUGGUGCCUGGGGCGCCGGAUGUGAAUGUUGAGGAGAUUGUGGUGAAUGCCGUUGGGGAUGAGGUGCCGUGGUGGGGGAUGGGUGUGUUUAAGGCUUUGGUGUAUACGUAUUUUUGGGGUUGGAGGUGGUGGCAUGGUGUUAGUGGGAGGGUGGUGGAGGGUUGAGAUGAGGAAUAGAUGUUGAUACCUGGGUUUGCUCUGCGUUGUUUGGAAUUGUGUAUUGCAUGCAGUAUUUGCAGGUGACGUCGGCUCAGACUGUGAGACAGGGGCACGUUUGAAAAGGAACCAUUUGAUCAAUUAAUCACCCUUUAUAUCAUAUGUAAAAAGCUGG